ACGUCAUUACGUCGUUCGGUUCUCACACUAGCGAGCCUUAUCGAUGACAGCAGAGGAAUAUGCACGAAAGAAUCAUAUAGUCGUUAUUUACAUGUGAUCAGUACAAACCCCCGGUGUCUGUUUCCUCCCACAUAUACGAUUUAGAAGAAAAUGACCGAUUUGACAGAUUCCUUGACGAAAGAGGGCUGGUACCUCAGCGAUGAAGGCGUAGCUGAACUGAAAGGGUCUGCGGAGAAAGUGACACACAGUGACAUUAUUCGAAUUGCACUUGAUAGUGAUCUUAGAUCUUUUGGGAGAAAAUUCCUUCCGGCUGACAUCAACAGUGGACGAACAGAGUCGUUGGUGGGUCCAUGUGUUCUGCAGGUGCAGAAAGUGAGGAACAUCUCAGCUCCUAAAGACCAUGAGGAGUCCCAGGGUGCGCCACGAAUGCUGCGCCUGCAAAUGACAGAUGGGCACACCACCUGUGUCGGACUAGAAUUCAAACACCUGUCUAAGAUCAGUCUUAAUACCCCACCUGGAGUAAAGGUGAAGCUCCUUGGUACAGUCCAGGUUAAAAAUGGUCUUUUGCUGCUUGAUGACUCAAAAAUCUCUGUACUUGGAGGAGAGGUCGAUCACAUGGUGGAGAAAUGGGAACUGCAAAGGAGUCUGGCGAAACACAGCAGGAGUAAUAUCGGAGCUGAAGGUGGACCUCCUCCCUUUGUGCCAUUUGGUCAGAAAUGUGCAAGGAAGGAUGAAGUGGACAGCAGAGAUCUGGACCAGAGGAAAACCCUCCAGACUCACAGUGUGGUCAAAACUGCUGAUGAGAAUGAUGAGUUUGAAAAACAGCGGACAGCUGCUAUUGCUGAGGUGGCCAAGACCAAAGACGGUCCCCGCACGUUUGGAGGAGGAGGAAAUGCCGGCAGUAAUUUAUCCAGCACAGCUUCCUCCUCCCGAGGCAGAGACUCAUACCAGCAGAGGAGACGAGGAGAAGACAGGGUUGAAAGAACUGACAGCAGACAGGAUGGAAACUACCGAGAACUGGUGGAUGAACGUGCUCUGAGAGACAUCAUGGAGAUGGGCUUUAACCGGGAGGCUGCUCGACAGGCCCUGAUGGAUAAUAACAACAAUCUGGAAGUGGCACUCAACAGCCUACUGACUGGAUCUUCUGGAGUCCUAUCUGAACCUGUGCUACCUGAGUCUAACAAGCCCCAACCCAGAGGCAGAGGAAAGGGACGAGGUCGGUCUAGAAAUGAAGAUGAGGAGGAGGGCGGAGGAGGAAGGCCAUCUGGACCAAGCACCCUGUUUGACUUUCUGGAAUCAAAGAUGGGAGUUUUCUCCAUUGAUGAGCCAAAGAACCAGGCACCACAGAGAUAUCACGAGAGUAAAGCACAUUUCUCCAACACACAUAGCUACUCCAAAGACUCGUCACAGACCAAGUUCUCCUCACAUUAUGAGCAUAGGCAGCAAAGGAAUGACAGACCACCUCGCUUCCACAGGGACACUGACUUUCCCAAACCUGGUCAGGAGUCUCUCUCUAACUUUACAACCGCCCAUAUAUCGGUUCAGUCCCAGCAGGGGAAGAACCAAGAGAAAUGGCCUCGAGGACCAUCAGAUAGACCACAAAAUGACCGAAGAGAGACCAGAGACGAGCAGAUUUUUCCUUCUUCCUUCCCGACGACUUUCACACGUUCUCAGCAGUCUCAGCAGCAGAUGGAGUUUAGCGGUUCUAACCUGCAGCGAUCCAGAAGUGGAGAUGGUGGUGGUGGGAACAUGACUGGACCGUCUCACAGGAGGGGAUUAAAAGAUAACGGACUCACAUUCAAACCGACUAACUCUACAGGCAGUGAGGUGGAUGGAAGAGUAAAUCAUAAGCACACGGACAGAAUUGAAGAACCCAACAACAGCAGGAGGAAGGGAAGGGCCGAACCUGACCGACAAAGAGAUCCCGGGCCACAGAACUUUAACUUGAGGGGAGGAAGCUCGGGGACGAUCCAAGAGGUUGGGUUAUCGCGCGAUUCUCGAGUCAUGACAGGGGGUCCUCCUCAUUUCCAAAAUGGAGAUGUGGAACACAAAAGAACUGGGCCAAUCAAGCCACCAAACUCCUCUUGUCCCCCCAACAGGGAGCCCCCUCCCAGGAAAGCCCCUUCUAACAACUCAGGACCUAAAAGAAGGUCAGGGCAAGGCAGAGGUCAAGGUCCUCGAGGACCAGAGAAAAGUCACAUCAUGGAUCAUGCUUGGAAACCUGGUGACCAGUGCCUGGCACUUUACUGGGAAGACAGUAAGUUCUACCAUGCCAGAAUAGAUGCUGUGCAUCCAUCAGGCACCACGGCCGUGGUUGUAUUUAGUGACUAUGGAAACUGCGAAGAAGUGCUGCUGCAUAACAUAAAACCUGUCCCUGCUGACAUGCAGGAGGAAGGCGAUGGUUAUUAUGACAGUUCACUGGAGUUUCGCCGUGGAGGAGACGGACAGCCCAGACGGACAAGACCAACUCAACAGUAUUACCAGCCACCCAGAGCACGAGACUGAUGUAUCUGGUAUUGGCAGUGUGCGUGUCCCUCAUCCUUCCACGGCAGAUUGUGUCACUUUUCUGCAACAAUCCUGAGUGCUUCCUGAUGUUUUCUAAAUGUGUGUAUGUGUUUGUGUGUGUAUAUAUACACACUGUCGGGACAUGCAGAUCUUUUCAAAGGGCUUGGACCUGAUGCAAAAAUAAAAGAGAAACUGACAUGA